UCAGACACAAACGUCUCACAGAGACAGAGACAGAGACACGGCCACACACACGGGCACAGCCUCAGCCUUAUUUCUUUCACCAAACGUGGCCGUUAGUUUUUCUCUUUCUCUCUCUCUGUCUGUUCUCACAAACCCUAUCAAUGGAUUCUCAUCAAUCCUCUGUGAUUCUUCUUCUCAGCUUCUGUUCUCUCCUCCUAAUCUCACCAUCUCAUGCCCAAACCUGUACCUCCCAAACCUUCACCAACAACGCUCUCUAUUCCAAAUGUCUAGACCUCCCUCACCUCUCCUCUUAUCUCCAUUGGACUCUCAACGCAGCCAAUUCAUCUCUCUCCAUAGCUUUCAUGGCUCAGCCUGCAGGCACCAAUGGUUGGGUCGCUUGGGCCAUAAACCCAACUGCGACUGGCAUGCUUGGUGCUCAGGCCCUCAUAGCCUUCAAAUCCAGUGGUGCUAUGACUGUUAAAACCUAUAACAUAACCUCUUUUGCUUCUAUCGCUGAGUCCAAGAUUUCCUUUGAGGUUUGGGACCUAAGUGCUGAGGAAUCAGGAGGAACUAUUACGCUUUUUGCUAAGUUGAAGCUCCCUGGUAACUCUGACAUUGUUAACCAGGUUUGGCAGGUGGGGCCAUCUGUUACAAAUGGUGUACCAGAUAUACAUGCGAUGAGUGCAGCCAAUAAGGCUUCUUUGUCCACUCUCAAUUUGACUGCUGGCCAGACUUCCUCUACCUCUGGUGGACUGGGUUCAAGGACCAAGAAUAAAAAUAUUCAUGGAAUACUGAAUGUUGUGAGUUGGGGCAUUCUGUUUCCUGUUGGAGCUAUCAUUGCAAGGUACUUGAGGACUUUUGAGUCUGCGGAUCCGGCAUGGUUCUAUCUUCAUGCUUUUUGUCAAGUAUCUGCUUAUGCCAUUGGGGUGGCUGGCUGGGCAACUGGUCUUAAGCUUGGAGGUCAGUCACAAGGAAUCAUAUACACGGAUCAUCGUAACAUCGGAAUUGCAUUGUUUUGUUUCGCCACUGUGCAGAUUUUUGCACUGUUCUUAAGACCAAAGAAAGAUCACAAGUACCGCUUUUAUUGGAAUAUCUACCACCAUGGUAUUGGAUAUACCAUUAUUAUUCUUGGUGUCGUCAAUUUGUUCAAGGGUUAUGACAUUUUGCAGCCUGCAAAGAAAUGGAAAUCUGCUUAUGUUAUUGUGCUCAUUGUGUUGGGUGCGAUUUCCUUGUUGUUGGAAGCAAUUACUUGGUUUGUAGUUUUGAGGAGGAAAUCCAGCAAGUCCACGAAGCCCCAUGACGGAUACAACAAUGGAGAAGACAGGCAAUAGGCACUUUGCUGAGGAUUAAACCUGUUGCUGCGGUUCUCCUAUACCGGAUUCUGAGUUUGUAAUAUCCUUGUCUCCUUACUUAAGAUAUCACAAGAGGUUUAUCUACAUUAGCCCAUCUCUGUUCCUUCCCAAUUUCUUUUGGCUUGUGUAAAAUGGCUUGAUUUCUCUAGGAUUAUUGUUUAUUAUAUACUUAGAGAUUGUUCAGACUUUAAUUAUACGUGUCUAUUGUGUCUCAGUGGUUAGGUUGAUGAAACUUUCUAGGAUGUGUGAUUAUCGAAAAAUUUUCAAAAGAGAUUUAAUUAUUCUUGUUUUCCUA